AUGGGUGUAGGCGCUGCAGCAUUGGUGUUGACAAAGCCACCCGAAAGUGUGCAGCGACUGCUUCGUGCUUUGCACUUGGGGGUGUUGGUUCUUCAUGAGAGCGAAGUGGCAAAAUCACUAGCCGACGCAGUGGUGCUGGCGAUACAGUGGAGCAAUAUUCUGAGCCGAGGUGACUUGGAAGACACGUUGGUGGAACGUCUGCUCAGCUGCAUUCUAAGUACUAAAGACGACAAGAAGGAGCAAGGCACACUGCGUUUUUUUGUCGAUCAGGGCGCCUUGUCGUUGCUACUACAGUACACAGCUUGGACAAGACCAACAGAUACCACAGUGCUGCAACAGCUAAUGCUUUGUAUGAGCAAACUACUAAAUGUGGCCUUCGAAGAAGAACGAGUGGAUUUGGAGCUGCCAGUUAUAGCACUUGCACGAGCUCUUGGCCACUUCAUUCACCAAAACGACAGUGCCGUGAUUAGCGUUGGCAUGCUGCAAUUAUGCGAAGCUUUGAUGAAAAUACAGCAACUAGCUCACCGAAAACUGGAGGAUGGAGUGGAUGCAUCUCGAACUUUGAUGGUUCACCAAUCUUAUCUGGCCGACUCUGAUACCUCCAACGUUUCCGAAAGCUGUGCCACGCUGGUAGAAUUGUGUUCUCCAGAGAUGCCGGACUCGAUAAAAAGUGUUGGUCUGUGGGCACUUAAUGCACUCGCACAAGCGGUAAAUCGAGAGAAUUCGGGUAGCCUUCAAGUGCAACAGCUACAUGCAGCUUUGGAUCCCACAUUUGCCACCAUAAUUAUGGCACUUCCACGAGAUAGAGACGGUCUAAGCAUGCAAUUACAAGCUGCUAUGGUGACGAAUAGUCUAGUUAAUAUUGCUCGGCACAACGCGGCUGCAGCGACACGUGACACGUAUAAAUUGUGGAUGGAGCAAAUUUGUUACUGGUCGGAAACGGAGCUAACCGAAGAGCCUGGCGCCACUGAACAAACGUGGAAUCGAAGAAAAGCGGGUCAUGUAGUUCAUAGCGAGAAAGAAAUAACAAAGGGGCUACGACAAUCACAGAGCUUACAGCUUCAACUGAUAAGCUCACAGUGCAUGCGCACGCUGACAGCGUCUCCAUGGAGCCGGCGGUACAUCUGUGAGUCUUUGAAGACACGAGCAGCAUUGUUCGAAUUAUCUCGUCGGAUCCAUGAAAGACAAAAGACAAUCAGGAUUUCUGGCGAUGAGGAUUUAGCGAGGGUGAUGGAAGGCAUUCAGCGGCACGUAUCGUGGACAUUUCGGAAUAUGUGCACAGGAUUUCAGAGCGGCGCGAUAGCGCUCAGUUGUUUGUUCGAUACGUCCUGGACGGCAUCGUUGCUGCAGUCACGUCAACUUCUGCCAAUGUCACGAAUUUUUCGCGGGGUGUAUGAUCUGACAGACUUGCCUAUAAUCGGUGCUGAAGAGUAUGAUGCUAGUAUUGAAUAUGGAUGGGUUGAUAUCUUGACGGCAUGGACCGCCAGCACGGACCGCCAAGUUCGUGAGAAUGCUAUUACCAGUCUAGUAUUUCUAGCUGAGCAGCACCAGCCAUAUCGUCCAAAUCUGUUGUGUCAGGAUAUGGAGGCGGUCAGCAAUAAACAAGAGCACAUUCUUCAAGCCUGGCUCACAAAUAUGCUACAGCGUAUUCGUUCACUUUCGGGUGGCGAGCUCCUCGCAGUGAAGCAAAUGGAAGAGAUUGCUCACAUCUCAGAAGAAUUGACCCCGGGGAACGAGCAAAUUCUGUUCAACCCUGCAGUUGUUGACGCUGGCACGUCAGCUCUAGCAGUAUUGGCUGAGCACCACCACGCUGAGUUAGUGCAGCAAGGUGUUGUUCCUCUAGUGGCUCUGCUCGCUACAACUAGUGCUUCCACACCUGCGCAGCAUACACAGUGUGCACGUGUGUUGGCGAACUUAGUUGCUACGUAUUGUCUCGAAAUUGACCCACGAAGCUCAGCGCUCUCCAUCGAUCCUGCUCUGAAUGGUGCUCGAAGCGACCACGUCGACAUUGCCAAGCUGCUUAGGCAGACGGCUUCCGGCCGGCACAUCUUACGUAGUAUGUAUCGCUGGCGCGAGUGUGAUGACCCAAUGCAGCGUUCGAACUACUUUCGCGUUGUACAGAAUCUCCGUGCUUACAAAGAAGUAUUAACUACUGGUCAUUUGGUGAUGGACGUGUACUGUGAAGGCGUACACCCGAUCGUCCCUCAAAGUGAAAUUGACUCAACGGAUCAAUGCAUGGACGGUGAAGGUGCUACCCCGCUGAUCGACGUUGUGUUUGUGCAUGGCCUACGGGGACAUCCGUUUGGAACGUGGCGCACCGAUAUGGGUCACGAAGCAGACGAAAGCAACGACGUUUGGCCAGCUGUGCUACUUGCAAAGGACUUGCUGCGCGAGCGCGUACCCGCACGAUUAGUGACACUAGGCUACGAGGCUGGUAUGGUGAGCUGGUCAAGUCCGUGGCCUUCGCUUACUUUGCAAGAGCGCGCACGCGUCAUGCUUUCAGCUCUUUAUGCUGCUAAUAUUGGACGCGACCGUCGCCAUCCGGAGGGACCAGCUCGCCCCAUUGUCUUCGUAACCCAUUCGAUGGGUGGCUUGUUGGCCAAAAUGAUGCUACUACUAGAGCGUGAGCAGUGCGAUCUAUCAGGAGUGGCAGACAGCACCAAAGGAGUGAUCUUUCUUGCUGUUCCACAUUUUGGCUCGGAAUUAGCAAAAGGCGUGCGGUCCGAGUCUGUUCGUAAGUUAAUUCAGACGCAUCCAGCCAUCGAAGACCUCGGAGCGGACCCCAGUGGACGUCUUAAGAAAUUAAACGAUAACUUCAAGACGCUGGGCAUCGACUGUUUAAGUGUGGGCGAAGAGCAGGCUUCGCCAAUAGCUCUUGGCCUCUCCGCUGUCGUCGUAAAGCCUCGUUCGGCUGAUCCAGGCAUCGGUCGCUUUUACGUACUACCUGGGUCUGACCACAUGACAAUUUGUAAAGUCAAAAGCCGUAACGAGCUGCUCUACCAGGACAUUCUACAAUACAUCGUUCAGCAUGCCGCCGUAGACGACAAACCUCGCUAA